AUGGGAUGUCAAAGCACAAAAUUAAAAAAGCAUCCACCCUUUAUUUAUAACACACCUGAACUUAUGAAUGAAUUCACUAUCAGUUGGAGUAAAAAAUUCACUAAAUCUAAAACUAAUUUUGAUGCCAAAUAGGAGAAGCAGAUUUAUUGUCUGGACAAAAAUCCAAUACUUUUACGAAGAUAAAAACGAUAGGCUUAAUCUGUAGUAUGA